CGGCUUCCGGUUUCGCAGCACGAGCGGCUGGAAUGCCGAUGGGUCGGGGCGGAGGGUGAUCUCGGGAUCGCUUCCGCUUUCCGAUGCGCUCUUCCGUUGAAGAAGGGGCCUAUGAGCGCCUGCGGGGAUGGACGAGGACGGGCUUCCCCUCGUGGGUUCGGGCAUCGACCUCAGCAAGGUUCCAGCCAUUCAGCAGAAGAGAACAGUGGCGUUUCUAAACCAAUUUGUGGUUCACACAGUUCAGUUCCUUAAUCGGUUUUCCACAGUAUGUGAGGAGAAAUUGUCAGCACUUUCUCUCCGUAUUCAGCAAAUUGAGACUACACUCAAUAUUUUGGAUGCAAAGCUGUCUUCUAUUCCGGGCUUAGAAGAUGUCAAGGUUGAAGUAUCCAGCACCAGCGACAAUAUUACAAAUGGCCCUGUCUCACAACUCCCUAUAGAUCCACAGUCAACAAACAUUUCACCUCAUUCAGAGGGUAGUUCACCUGAAGUUGGACAACAGAAGACAGAAGAAAACACCAAAAAUAUCACAACUGUAGCAAAGGAUCCACGCUAUGCCAGAUAUCUCAAAAUGGUUCAAGUGGGUGUUCCUGUAAUGGCCAUAAGAAAUAAAAUGAUCUCUGAGGGGUUAAAUCCAGAUCUCCUUGACACACCAGAUGCUGCAGUGCCUGAUUGGGAAGAUGAAGCAAACGCAGAAGAAUCCUCUGACAGUGAAUGCUCCUUUAGUGACUAGAGGCUUCAGGAUAUGGGGUUUUGUGGGGUGUAGGCAUCCAUGGUUUUUCUUCAAAGGCCCUUCUCAAACUUUAUUUGUAAAUACUUUAACAAGGAUUGCUGGUGGCUUAAGCCAGAUCAGGUAUGCUUUAAGAAAGAGUAAUGUUGCACUGGGAUCUUCUCAUUGUCUUCCAUAGAGUUUUAAAUGGAGGCCCCAGUUGCUGCUGAAGGGAGACUGGCAGGAUGUGCACUGAAAUUUGAUAUGUGGUGGCCUUUGCUUAGAUUGUGGUUGUUCCAAGAAAGCUCAGGGUGAAGUUAAGGUGUGAGAGAGACUCUCAUGUGUAUAAAGCCAACAAAAUUCUGUCACUCAGACCAUUCUCUGGGCAAAACCUUGUAAAUUACCUCAACAUGUUUUGGCUUUCCCCUCCAUACAGCUAACUAAAUGCUGAUGUAUUAUUUCUUGCACUGUGUUCUUUCAUUAUUGAAUGAGAAUUCAAAAUGCCAUUUACGUAUAUUGGGAUAUACAUACACAUUCUGUUUGUCCCAGCUGCCCCAGCAAUUUAAGGCAUAGGCUUAUGGCCUGGGAGUGACAAAAGAAAAAAAAGAGGAGCGUGGUGGUUCUUUGAAACAAACAAACCUUUAUUCCGUGAGAUGAGACUGCUACACAAAGAUGCUGCACUAUUUUUUCCCAUUGUCUAGCUUUUAGCUCUUAAGGUAACGUAGCAGCAAAAUUUUGCAUUUUGUAUCACUGCCAGGCAAGUCGACAGGACUUUAAUGAGAUUUCUGUGUCUGGUGUAGCAUUUCUUGUUUAGAAUUUUGUUCAUACAUAUUACAAUAAAGCCAAGAAAGAAAGAUUCAGGUUGCCUAUAGGGAGAAACCUUAUUUUCUUAGGGAAUUUUAAUAUAGUAAAGCAAAUAUUUCUGUGACUUAGCAUUUGAAAGGUUGCUACAACCAAACUGCUAAUGGGAAGUACCUGCUUACACACAUGGAGACCUACCACUUAUUUCAAAACAUAUGAGUUACAUUAUUAAAAGAUCUGUUGUUAGGUUUUCAAAGUGGAUGUGUAUUAAUGGAUGGGGAAAGAAGAAUGAGAAAGAGCCUUGGCAAUCAAAUACAAAGGACCCUAAGUAAAUUUUCAACAUUUAGUCCCAUUCAUACUACACAAAUAUAAUGCUCUGAGUCCACUGUAACUGGCAUGACAACACCUCGUGGGAGUUCCGAGCUCAUAGCUGGAAAAGGGAUUGAGGAUCUCUGGUUGAGAGUUUUAGAUGUUUCUCCCUAAACUGCAAAUACCAAGAUUCAGUGGAAUAUUGCCUUGGAAAUUAAAAUGGAAUAUAGGACUAUUCUUGAGGUGAUUUUCAUUGGUGAUCUUAAGUUGCUUUAAGAUGACUUCAUAGUGUACUCUUUGAACAUGCUUUAAAUGUACACAUAUGGGUCCCAUUUGCCAGGCCAAUAAGCCAGAAUUCUAGAGAACCUUAAAAUUCACAAGUAAGAGCACUGCCUAAUUCCUCCUGCUUGGCUUCUCUUACCAACAGAAGUGCCUUCAGUAGCUUUGGACUCACUAGGAAUAGCACUACAUACACCUGAGCAAGUAUUUCUGCUAUAUUGCUGCGAUGAGAAGCUAGACUAUGGCUUGUUUAGAAAUAAGACAGGAGUCUGAUAUGGGCAUAACAGUAAGUUUUUUGUUCCUGAUAGAUUCUUGAUGGUUUUCAUGGGAAGAACCAUACAGUGCGAUUAGAGGAAUAUGUAUUAGCGUCCCUGCAAACCAUAGGAUUCGCCCACACAAACACAAGGACACUGGGGAAAGGAUACUAAUACUAUGUAUACUCAAUAGGAAGCUGCACUUGACCAUGAAUUCCUCAAGCAUGUACAUAUGGCAGAUAGCUGUGUUCACAUCUCACACAUCCUUUAGUUGUUUAACUCAUAUCUAUCAGUUGCUACUUUCCUAGUUGGCCUGAACACAUUGCUACUCAGUUAUUUCCAAUUCGCUUUGUGCAUGCUAACUAUAUGUUAUGUACAAUGAAAGCCAAGAUGGCCAUUGCCCAUAAGUGUUCAGUUUGAAGUUGAGCCAUGAGGGGUCAGGGAUUUAUGGUUCUCAAGUCAAAAGAGUUCCUGCUGCAGCUGCAAAGUCAAAUCUCACACCACUUUUCUGGUUAAGAGAAGACAUUCCAGGGCAUUUGUUUAAGUCUGAAAAUAUGAAUUGUUUUGGAAUAGGUCAAGACAAUUUCUUUCAAGCAACAAAUCUAAGAGUUGAACUCGUAUCUAGAUUUUUUUUCUUUAGAAAAUGCAACUUUCAUAAACCAUAUCUGUUUGUCAGCCUGAAAUUACUUACAGUGGUUACAUUCUUGUUACCAAUGCUGCCUAAUAAUACAAAUAUUGUAUACACUCUGAACUUGAUCCUCUAUAUUUGAAAAGCAUGCAUCCAUAAUUAAAGUUAUCUUUUGUAAAUCAAA